GCCAGCUUUUCUUUGUGCAUGCUACCACAGAAAUUUAUUUAUUGCUGAAGCUGACGACGCUUACGUUGGCAGAAAAAAUUUCCCAUUUUCUCGAUCAGUAAUCAUCGGAUGAAAAAUGUCUCUUUAGAGAAAGGUGGCAUUAGCCGCGUCUGAUUCGAAAAAAUGGCUUUAGUUGCCAAGGGAGGAUUAAUUUUAGCUUAUAUUGUGAUGAACUCGUUUGCUUUGAAGCUGCAACGAAGAAAUGAAGAUGUUUAUGGCAACACAUGGGUGGUCUAUGUUGAAAGGGAAAAAAGAUUUGUCGACGAUCUGGCAGAGAGAAAUGGUUUUGUGAACAGAGGAGAGAUUGCAGGCUUCCCUGGACAUUUCUUGCUUGAACACAAAACACUCAGAAAGCGGCGAGUUCGCAGAGAUGCGCCGCAACACACAAAUAGUCUGCUACGUGAACCUUUAGUGAAAUUUGCUCGCCAGCAGAAAGUUUUGAGAAGGACUAAGCGAGGAUAUUUUUCAGACCCUUAUUAUAAAGAUCAGUGGUAUUUGAACAACUCAGGUAAGUAAAACAUUUGUAAAUAUAUUUUUGUGUCUGCGGUGAAUUAAAAUCUCCUCUCCCUGUAAUGUAACGUGUUGUAAAUGUGUUUGUGCUACUGAAAAGUGAGAUCUAGCUUUGGUUAUGGCUCAUUGCAGCGGAAUUGUGUAGAUGUUGGUAAAGGAAGCUGUUCUCUAAUGGAAGCUUUCUAAUCUUGAUUUUGUUCGAUGAAGACUUUCAGAGUUAAAGCCAAAAUUAUUUUUGUGUACUUAAAUUUCGAGUUCGUGCAGAAAUAUUUUAGAUUUGUGGUAUCUCUUUUUUGUAUGACAGCCAAAACAUUUUGUCUGCUGUAAAAUUAAUUUAUUGAUGACGGUAAGAGUUAGCGUAGAAUUUAGUUCAGUCGGCUAUCGGGCAAAAAAAAAAUUCAUUUACAGUGAUCAAGUAAUAGGAAUAAUACACGAUGUUCCCUCAAGUAGAAUUUUAAGUGUUUUUGAUGCCCUAUCUUAAUGAUCGAAAACACAUCUAGAAAGCUAGGGCAUGAAAAAUUCCUCGUGAAUAUUCCUUAACUUCCCGUGUACUUAAUAUAGUUAUGAGUUUGAAACUAAACACUCUUAUUGGCCCUGUAAAACGGUCAUGAACUAUAUUGCACUCCAACAGAGUGAACGUACCAGUGAUUCCAUAAACGAACUGAAUCGAUUCGAGCUAUUUCUUUUAAUCCCGUAAAUGCGUUUUGCAUGCGUUUUGCCUGUGGAUUCAAAUUUCAAACUUCAAUCCCUUUAUCUUAUCAAAGCUGCUCAGCUACGGCUUGGAGGUUGGAUUUUGCUGGUAUCUAUUUUUGCAAGGGACUUCAAUGACAGAACCUCUCAAAACACAAAGGGAAUCGUUAGCAUUCAAUUAUCGACCCACAUUUGGCGUGUGCAAUUUAUUUGCUGAAUUUUUAGUCAACGCCGCUCUACCGAAGACUUAGGUAGAAAACGAAAGGACAUCAAUUUGGUGAAUUCGUUUUGUAAUGUUUUGUUUUUUAAAAAAUAAAGUAUAGGGCGUCUGCAAGUCAUGUGUUCAUAAAGGAAAAUCACAACUGUUGGAAUAUUCUUCUAAUUUAUUAAAAAUCUCAUUGUGGUUAGCAUAAGAAGCAGUUGCAUACUUGAUAAAAGCUAGUGGUCACAGUUUGAAUUUGGCUAGAGGAGAAAGAACUACAGCUAUGUUAAAAAGCCCCACUGCUCAACAUGAUAGCUUGGCCUUGUGUUGGUUCCCUGAAUUUCAAAGUGCACACAUGAAAAUCAAAUAUGCAGAAUGUAUUUCCGUCCAGCCUACCUCUAAUUACACUUGAUCAUUAAUUAAUCACCCCCUGGUCUUUGCAGAUAUAGAUCAUUUUUCAAUGAUAAGACUUCAGACUAACUUGUUUGCUAAUUUAGUGUAACUGGUGUCUUAGACAGGCAUUCUUUCCCAAUGAGCAGAUGGUUAAUAGCUCUUUUUGGAGAUAACAGCACUCUCUAUGACAAAUUUGUCAUCUUACAUUGGUGUUAAAGAAGCUUAAAAUGUAUACUUUGAAUCUAGGAGCUGCUUUAUUAACCAUUUGAAUAAUUGAUCCCUUCCAGACUCUUAAGCUUCUACACAUUAUGGCAACCUUUAAAUUAAAUUUAGUGUUACAUGUGUUCCUCUCAGGAAGAAGUCAAUUUUAGAGGAUCUAGAGAAAAUUGAGACAUAUGUCCUAAUGCAUGAUUAAAAGCUCUGAUAUUUCUAUUUUCCCAUUACAACAUUUAGAGUUUUCAACAGGCAGGGUUUUAUGAUUGAAGAGAACAGUGAAUACUCUUUCAAGCUAUUUUUGAGUAAUUAUCCCUGAAGUUGAUGUGUGUGAGACAACUCUGUUUGAUGUCAAUUACUGCAAGGACAUUUAUAUUAAUUAGUUAAAGGAAAAAGGAAAUUUUAUAAUUAUAUAAGUAGGUAUUGUCUAAUUGCAUUUUGUUUGAUGUUGUGCAUUUUAAUUUAUGUAUGUUUUGUGUUUUGCAUUUGAUAUUAAUGAGUGUUUUUGAAAUUUUGCACAAGUGUCCUAUUACCAGCUUAACUGACCCAAGAUUGGUACACAUGGCUUCUUAGCAUGAGGGAUUUCUUGAAACCUUUGGCCUUAUUAUUAACCUCAGGGAGAUAUUAAGCAAAUAGGAUUGCAAACUGGCUAAGUUCAUGAUUAUUUUGAACAUCUAAUCGUAAAGUUCAGAAAAACAGACAGCCAAUUACUUCUUCAGUACACCUGCUCUUGAAGUUGUAUUUUUGUUUCUCUGACACUCUGCAAGUCAAGAACAAGGCAAUGCAAUGCACUGUGUAUGUAUUGCUCUAUUUUCAGUCAGCUUUGAGGAUUUGGUCUCAGCUUAGCUUAAUCCUUUGUAACAAUACUUACAGCUUAUAUCUGAUAGUUGAGAAUGCACCUUUUACUGGAACAUCCUACCUUUUUCUCUGCCCUAUGUAAACUUUUGCAGCCUCUUGAGUACUAUUUUGUUUUAUAUUUACGUCUAAGAUGCUUACAGUUGAAACUCUUCUUAAAAAGCUUAAAAUUUUUUCUGCAUGUUUUCAGGUUGAAAUAAGAGUGUUCUCACUAAUGACAUUAAUUUAGGCAUGUUGCAAAAAUGUGGCGUACAGGAAAACAUCAUUCAAUACAGUCGAAAUAUUUUUCUCUUUUGUGAAUAUGCAUAAAAACUCCUUAGUUUCCAAUUAGUCAUAGAUCUAAAUCUUUUUUUUCUCAUACCAGUCAAGUCUCCUCUCAAGACAAGUUACCUUUUGUGUCUUCCUUACAGUAACAAAUACUUACUAUGAUAAAGUAUUUUCAGCCCUAUCAAUACAGGAUGUAGUAUAAUCUUUUAAGACCCUUUUCACCAUAGCUUUGCAUACCUACAUGUACACAGUACAGUGUUUGAUGCUCUUAAGGAUGAACUCUCCAAUACAUUGAGAAAUGGGAAAGGAUUAGUGCCUUUAUUUAGAACACAGUGGUUAAAAACAUACAUACCAUGUAUCUAAUUGAAUGUAUUGUAAUUAUUCUCCAAGCCCUUUAAAACAUUACUACGGCUGUGUUCAGCUUUAUUAUCCUGUCAAUAUUUGUAAAUGUAAGGGUUCCCCAGUAAACAGCUUCUUUUUGGGAGACUUUUUGUUUUCAUCUACCACUUUUUUAUGAAAAAAAGUGCAUAAUUUAAUUGGGCCUUCUUGACUUUGCUACCUUUUCAAAUCAUCCACUCUUAAUCUCAGGAUAUGUACUAGAAGGUAUGCUACAUGAAAAAUAGGAUUAAGAGAUUAAUGUUAUGCUGUCAUUCCCCUUUGGUUUCAGCAACAUAGUUUGGACAAAUUCCAUAUGCUAAAUUUGCAGUUGGUAAAACUUGAUAAGCAAAUCUUGUGUACAUAAUGUAUAUAUGUGAGAUUGCUUGCAUUUGGGGCAAGGUGGGGUCUCAAUUUUUUUCUUGUGCCUGUGACAAAACUAUUGACAUCUUUAUUUGGUACAGAAUUUUAAGUGACAGACAAGUACUUGAAAACUGUGUUUAAACACCUUGAAUAUCACUUUCUCAUCAAUAUUCUACAGGACAAACUGUAGGACCUCGGGGAUUUGACAUCAAUGUCGUGCCGGUGUGGAGAAAAAAUAUCACAGGACGUGGUGUGAUAGUUACAAUUUUGGAUGAUGGUAUUGAGUACACUCAUCCUGAUCUUAAAGACAAUUAUGAAGCAAAGGCUAGCUGGGACUUUAAUAGUCAUGACAGUGAUCCAAUGCCUCGUUAUAGCAGAGACAACAUCAAUAAACAUGGCACAAGGUAGCUUUGCAUUCUUAUUUUGGUCAGAAUUGGCUUUAGGCCAGACAAACAGAUCCUCAAAUUGCUGGAGACACUGGCCAGUCACUAUGUUUUAUGUGAAAAUUUGUUUUGUUCUUAAUUCAUUUGGGGUCUAGUUCUGGUAUUUUUGACUAAAUAAAUUGAUAUACUUUCUUAUGCUUAGCAACAUCUUGUAGUGGUCUGUCAAGGUAUUUUAAUUUUUCCUCAUUAGCGGUGGUAAUUUAUUUGUUUUGGUUAGAGUUAGUUGAAAUGCCUUCUUAAUACUUUAUUAUAAAUAGCGAUGUUUUUUAUUAAUUUUCAGGUGUGCAGGGGAAGUAGCAGCCAGUGUAAAUAACAACAAGUGCGGAGUAGGUGUGGCUUAUAAUUCGCGCAUUGGAGGUGUUAGAAUGCUAGAUGGGGAUGUGACUGAUGCAAUAGAGGCCUGGUCACUGGGUCUUAAUAAAGACUUCAUAGAUAUCUACAGUAGUAGCUGGGGCCCAGAUGAUGACGGAAGAACUGUGGAUGGCCCAGGUCCUAUGGCCAAGAAAGCAUUCAGAGAAGGUACUUUGGCAUAACAUUCAUUAAAACAUGCAGUCUGUAAUACUAGAUUAUGGAAGCUGUAACAAUAGAAGUAGAGAAGGGUAGCAAUAUUACCAUUGGUGAGGGUGUUAUCUUCUUGACUACACCACAAAUCACUUUCCAGUAACUGUCAAUGCAACACUAAUAUGUAGAGGUGUGGAAUUAGUAAUUACCAGAAUUGUAAAGGGUAGGAAGAAAUGAAGAGCAAACUGGGCAAACUGAUAUGAAGCAUGAGGCAAUGCUCUCGGUGAAACUGCUACUUGACUUAUUUGUAACCUUGCCCUAAUUAGUUUUAGUCUCAAUGUAGUUUUGAGUGUGCAUUUCUGUUAUAAAGUUAGUUGAAACAGCUGACUGAGUAACUGACUAGCUGGACAUGUAUGUGCACCCAACUAACACUGCAUUUUGCUACAGGGAUCAGAAAAGGACGUGGUGGUUUGGGAGCCAUCUUUGUCUGGGCUACAGGUAAUGGUGGACACUAUAAUGACUACUGCAACUGUGAUGGCUACAUUACAAGCAUUUUCACUGUAUCCAUUGGUGCUGUCAAUGAUCGUGGCAAGUCCCCGUGGUAUGCAGAACCCUGUCCAUCAACUCUUGCUGUAACCUACAGCAGUGGUGAAACCAGAGGUACAGACAAGCAGAUAGUUACAACUGAUUUGCAUCAUCAGUGCACAAAAAGCCACACAGGCACAUCAGCUGCUGCUCCUCUUGCUGCAGGUUUGUUUUGUUUUUGUUUUUUUUUAUGUAUACCUAUGUACUCUGCUGCUUGUAGUACACUCAUGCGUACAAGACGUCACAUAAUCUUUCAAAUUGAGGAUUAGAAAUACAUUAAAUAAAUUUCAGUCACAAAUACCCAUUCUCAGCCAGAUGUGUAUUGCUAGGAUUAUGAUAAAUUUUUAAUGGAAAAUUGUCUGAGUUAGUGAGACUGCUGUAAUUUUUUUUGUGAAAGCAAGACGGCAAUUGUUGCCCAAUAGUUAAAUGAUUUAAGCCCUUUUUUUGUAUUUCAACAUCAUUUAGAGUGUAUCUCUUAUUCACUGUUAGCCCUGAGUAACAAAGCUUGGAUGGAUAUAUCUGUACCUAAAAUAAUUAUUUAAUAAAAUUUGGCCCUUCUUGGUAUUUUAAGCUCUUUUCAUUUACAGCUAUUCUUUGGAUUAUUGAUGAGAAUUUAUUACUUGUAUUGUCAUACUUCUGUUUGAUGAUUAUUCUGCUCAAGAAACACAAAUGAAAUCAAAGCGUUUCCAAUAUCAAGGGUCUUAUAAAGUACCUGAUGAAGAAACAUUUUAUCAUCAAACAAUAUUAUUCUGUGUUAUUGAUAAUGUGACUCUUGCAAGGCUGGUAUGAUUAUUGGCAUACCAACUGAGCAGCAAUGGAAACAUGAAAAAAAAAUUGUUUUGUUAUCAAUAUCUACAGCUACCACUGCAAGAGAUUUAAAUGAAGUGUUUGUCAUACCAGAUAUUAAAAUGAUAUGACUUAUUUAUUUUUGUGACACUUGUUUGAAUAUUUGUGGCAUAGUCUACAUUCAUAUUAUAUUUACAGAUGACUGUGUCAUGUUAAAGAUUGUUUGUGGUUCCUUUGGCUUCAUCACUUUUGCUUGUUGGACAAAAAGCCUUUUUUUAGAUGGUUGAUCUUAUUAAAUUUGAAAUAACAUAUUUUUUUAAACUUAUUAUUGUUCUGCAGAUUCUAUGACUUUUGUAUUUAGCAUGAAACACUUGUUAUACAAGGCCUAGAACUUGUUGUAUCUAAAGUUUCUUUUGUGCUUGCUACAAAGGUAUAACUUUGUGGGGAUGAAAAGUCAACUUGCCUGAUCUAACAAUAGUGAUAACAUUAGAACAUAUAUUGAUGUUGGUGAAUCUUUUGGACUUUUACAAUAUUUUUGGUUUUAUUUUUAGCUGGCUUUUCGUCUUCAAAAAUAGUUUAGCUUACAUUUCUUGUAUUUUAAUCAGAAACCAUUUUACUUUACAGGUAUAUUUGCUUUGGUAUUAGAGGCAAAUCCUAAAUUAAGCUGGAGAGAUUUGCAGCAUCUGGUUGUCAAGACUUCCAAAAUAACUGAUCGUUUAGACAAAGGCUGGCAGAGAAAUGGUGCAGGACAUCGUGUGAAUCAUAAGUAUGGAUUUGGAGUGUUAGACACAGAUGCUCUUGUGACAGCUGCCACUUCUCCCACCUGGAGACCUGCUGCUGAGCAGCACAUGUGCCGAGAACAGGAUCACACUGAUAACAAGAAGAUCCCAGCCAAAGGGACUCUCACAUCAUCAAUUAUUAGUUCAGGCUGCUCCAGUAAGACAAACUGUGUUAUGAAACUAGAACAUGUACGAGUAUACAUCACACUGAGUCAUAAAUCAAGAGGCUCUUUAAGAAUUAUUUUAACUUCACCUGCUGGUACUAAAUCAGAGCUUUUAGCCCCCAGAGACAGAGAUUAUUCUAGUCAUGGUUUUCAAAACUGGCCUUUUAUGACUGUUUUUAGCUGGGGUGAGAAUCCUGCAGGCCUCUGGAAGUUAGAGGUCACUGAUACCAAAGGCUUUGAGGGGGAGUUCAAAAAGUGGUCCAUUCGGCUUUAUGGCACAUGUGAAGAUCAUCGCAACAUCACACCAACUGAUUCUAAAAUGUGUAACAAAGUUUGUAGGAAAGGAUGUGAGGAACCAUUUAACAAUUUGUGUCCCAACUGCUCAAUGCUGUGUCAUUGUGAUUUGGGAAAGUGCCUGCCCCUUUGUAAUCCUGAUGACGAUGUUGAUCAAGAACAGAAAGAAUGCCGUAAGAGUGCACAAGCAGGUGGAAUUGGGGCUGACGAUGAUGAUGAAGAUGGAGGUGAGCAGGAUGUUACCAAGACUCCAACCACCACUACGCUGCAUGAAAAGGGAAUAUCAACAUUUAUGAAGUUACUUAUCAUCUUUAUUCUUGUAGCUAUUAUUUUAACAGCUGUGCUUAUCAUGUGGCACUUCAAAAUCAGUCAAAAAGUUUGUUGGGCCAUUCCAGAUAAAAUAACCAAUCAGAACCAUGCUAUCUCCCAAACACAUGUGGGAUAUUGGCCUGUCUCUGUUACACCAGAGGUGAAUAAUCAGAACCUUAAAGGACUUGGUAACCUAAAGAUGUAGGCUAUUACACAUUUGUUUUGCAAGUUUCUGCACUCUAUACCAUUUUCACAAGGGGUAAGAUUUAAAAAAAGGUGGACAGCUCAUAUUCUUGCUCAUCAACUUACAAUGCAUCAAAGAUGGAGUUGGAAUUCCAGUGUAAAAUGCAGUCAAGCAAUAAGUAGUAAAAAUCAAUCACAUCCCUGUAAAAGUAUAGCUGUACCUUUGCAGUGUUACCCUACAAUGGUCACAAUUCAAUAAUCAUUUGAUAAUUACAAUCAUUCUAUUUGUUAAUUAAUUUUGAUAAAGACAACAGUUUAGACUUGGUAUUUGACAAAUAUUUUACUCUGGGUGUGAAAGUGCAUUACCAGUUCAUGGUAAGGUUUUGGUUCCAAAUAACCUUAAAAUUAUUAUCUCUUUAAAUACCACUGGAAAGUUUUCCUUGAUCUUAUCCAUCUAGUUUGGUGUCUCAAGUUCAAUAAUUUUUUUGGUCCUUGCAAGAAAUACACAAGCUCUUCUGGCUGAUUAUUUCUUUGAUCAAUGUUUCAUACGACAAAGAGGUUUUGUACUUUAUACUGUAAAAUGCUGUACAUAGAGUACAUCAGAUUGAUUUUUUGUAAUGAAUUUGAAAAGAACCGUUUUCUAUGGUAUAAACAAAUUUGAAAAUGCUGUAGACAAAUACCAUGAAAUAACAUGCCUAAUACAUGUACAUUUGUCCAUUUGUACAUUAAAGUGAGCUUAAUUUGAUUUAAAACCAAAAGGCCACUGCAUUAGCUUUACUUUGGCUUAUAUUUCUUUUUUUGUAAUUACAUUUUUUUUCAUAAAUUCCAAGUACACACUUAGGUGGAAUGAAUACCACUAUAAGUUGUUCUUGAACUCUUUUGCUUAAUGAACAUAUAAACAUACUUGUAAAGAGCAUUAUUAUGUGCCUCUCAAAUAAUGAUACAAUAUCAAUAAAAUUGCUUUCAUUUUGAAUUUGUCAGUCACCUCUAUUAAGUUGUGGGGGAGAUUCUGAACAUUAAGUGGUCAAUUAUGGCAUAAAGUGGUGUUGUAUUACCCCUAAUCUUUGGAACCUGUGUUUAGCGGUCAAACUGUAUUAAGUGGUCACUAUGCCAUUCCCCAUAGGUGACUGCUGAAGGUUUAGCUGUAGAAUUGAUUGUGUAUAGUGCCAUUUAUGCCAAUACUUCCAGAUUAUCUCAGAAUCUCCCAUAUACAGAAUGGGCCCCUCUUGUUUCCUUACCCUUUUUACCCCAAUGUCCAUAUUCUUCAUAUUCUUCUUUAUGCAUUUUUUUUGGAACUGAAAAUGAGUAUUCAUCAAACAAUAAAAGCUUAUUAUUAGUAUUACGUCAAGGAAGAAUUAGAUGCUGUUCACUCUCAGAGUUUAAGGAGUUAGAAGAAGUCUGGAUACACUGUAUUUUUUUGAUUAAAUGUGGCCCUUAAAGAAAUGCAGCAUUUUAGAG